AUGGAUUUCCUCAAGUCGGCCGUCGCCUCGGCCAUAGCCAAGGGCAGCUCGCUUCCCUUCUCGAUUGGCGACCGAGUCGACAUUGGCGAUUCCAUCUGGACCCUGCACAAUGCCACCAAGCGGGAUGAUAGCUCUGCAUGCAGCGUCUUCACCUUCGAUAUCGCGACCAACAAGUCGCGUCUCCCCCUGGCCAAGAACGCAGUCCGCAAGUCGCGAACUUUGCGCCAUCCUGGUGUGAUCAAGGUUCUGGAUACGAUCGAGACCGAAACAAACCUCUACAUUGUGACCGAGCGUGUGGUGCCCCUGUCCUGGUCCGUCAAACGGAGGAGUAUCAGCGAGGAGACGGCGAAAUGGGGGUUGUACACCGUGGCCUCUACUCUCAAGUUUAUCAAUGACGAUGCCUCCUCCGUCCACGGUGCCGUGCGCGCUUCGUCAGUCUUCGCAAGCGAAAGUGGCGAAUGGAAGCUUGGUGGAUUUGACAUCUUGAGUUCCAUGAAGGAAGACGACGCCAUUAUAUAUACUUACGGAAGCAUUGUCCCCGAUGCAGCACGGUACACGCCCCCAGAGGUCGUCAAAGGGGGCUGGGAUGUUAUCAAACGCAACCCAUUAGCAGCGGUCGAUGCCUACGGGCUGGGCGUACUGAUCUUUGAAGUCUUUAAUGGCCACUUCGCGGGUGCAGAGCAGGUGGGCAAGACGACCAACAUCCCUCCUAGCAUGCAGCAAAGCUACAAGCGUCUCUGUACUGCCAACCCGAAGCUGCGGCUUAGUCCUGCACACUUCGUGGAACAGGGGAAGAAGCAUGGCGGGUUCUUCCAGACGCCCUUGAUCCGGCUGACGGAGGACAUGGAGAGCCUCGGUUUGAAGAGUGACGCUGAACGGGAGGAAUUCAUCAACGAACUCGAUAACCUUUCGGAAGACUUCCCUGAAGACUUCUUCAAAAUGAAGGUGCUUCCCGAACUGCUCAAGUCCGUUGAAUUCGGCGGCGGCGGGCCCAAGGUUCUUGGAGCUACUCUGAAGAUCGGGUCCAAACUCUCACCGGACGAGUUCAAUGUCAAGUUGACGCCUGUCGUGGUGCGCCUAUUUGGCAACCCUGAUCGAGCUCUACGUGUUUGUCUGUUGGAUAACUUGCCCCUAAUGAUUGAUAAUCUCCCUCAGAAAAUUGUCAAUGACAAGAUCUUUCCGCAAAUGACUUCCGGUUUCACUGACGUUGCGCCCGUCGUUCGAGAGCAAACCGUCAAGGCUGUCCUGACCAUCAUCAACAAGCUCAGUGAUAGGAUUGUUAAUGGCGAACUGCUCAAAUUCCUGGCACGCACCGCCAAUGACGAGCAACCUGGUAUCCGUACCAAUACAACUAUUUGCCUUGGCCGGAUUGCCAAGAAUCUGAGCGAGGGUACUCGGUCGAAGGUGCUUAUUGCGGCAUUCACGAGAUCUCUCAGAGAUCCCUUUGUGCAUGCUCGAAACGCCGGACUGCUCGCUUUGUCCGCCACGAUCGACGUGUUCUCUGAAGAUGAUUGCGCGGGCAAGGUUCUGCCAGCUCUUUGCCCGACACUAGUGGAUAAGGAGAAGAUGAUUCGCGACCAGGGCAAUAAGACACUGGAUCUGUAUCUUCAACGGAUACGGAAAUUUGGCAACACCAUGGCGGACACCGCGCUGCCAGCUUCUGCUCCAGCGGGAGCCAAUAAGACGGAAGCACGCAUCGGCACAUCGAACGACAAAUCGUGGGCUGGAUGGGCCAUUUCAUCCUUCACUAAUAAGAUCACAACGGCCAAUGGAGAGAUUCAGCCAACAGAGAGCAGCAAGAAGCCUGCGGCGGCAGAGGCGGCGCGCUCCGCAUCUGUUCCCCCGACCAUAUCUUCACCCUCGGCUUCAUUGGAACUUCCAAGGCAGACGCUCCGGCCUGCAGCACAACCACUUGGCCGAUCAAUGUCAGAUCGACCUGUUCCGGUAGUGCAAGAAGAGGAAGCAGAGGAGGAGGAAGCAGAUGAUGUUUUCGACGCCUGGGGCGCGAUGGAUGACGACGACGACGAGAAGGACGAAGACACUUUUACUGCUGCGGUGUCCACUCCGAAACCUACUUCUCCCGAACCCUCCGCAACAACCAAACCAGCCGCAGUCCCGUACGAUGAUGGCGGCGAACCCGAUUUUGCUGGCUGGCUGGCGGCCAAGUCCCAGUCUAAAGCGAAGCCAUUGCCUCCCAAGGGGCUCAACAAGGCUUCUUCCACUAAUACCGUGACUCGGACUACGACUGGAAGCACCGCCAAGUCCCGCGUGGCUGCGCCGGCUAAAAAGAUCGAUACUACUCCCAAGGACGAUGCGAUGGAUGAUGAUUGGGGCGAUGCCUGGGACUGA